AGAGCAAACCGCCGCUGAGUACACGGCAAGACCGCUGCUGCUUGCUGCGUUGAAGCGCUAGGACAUUGGGCUCGACCGCUUGAACCGCUUUGGGUUCGAACCGCCAGUUAUCCGGCUGGACAAGGCCAAACCGCCUCCAGAGCCGAAACAAGUGCACACGCCGACAGCGCACCCGGACAGACACCCGAACGCGCCUGGACAGGAAAAAUGGACCCCCUCAACGCCAGCCUCUCCCACUUCCGCGAGACGCGCGAGUCGCCCUUCUCGCUCACGACGACGGGCCUCGCGAUCUCGACCGACGACCCUAAUUUAACAAAGCACCACGAGGAGGCGGAUUCGUCGAUUCCGACGGGCAAGGCGCCGGCGAUGCGUAUUUGUCAUCUUUGCGGCACGCCGCAGCUGCUCAAAAGUUUCCGGUGCCACGCGUCGAGGUGCGCUCAGGCUUGGUUGCAAGAGGAACAACAAAAACCCAAGAGUCAGCAGAGGCCCCUGCCCGAGGGGCCGGACGUGCCGCCGGGCAAGCCGAAUCCCAAAACCUUGGAAGCGGUGAACCGCCAGGCGAUGCGGAUCUGGAAGGAGCAGUCCCUCGAGACGUGCCCGAACUGCGGGCGGAGCUUCCACGCGCGCGCAUUGAGAGCGCACCUCAAGGGCUGCCACGGUUCCCAGGAUCAGUUCCUCGGCGCGGUUCGCGAGCCGUGCAUAAAUCACGUUCGACGCGACGAUGGCGUGCGGGGGUGCGGUCGCGUCGAUGGCGUGUGGCGCCACCCCUACGCCAUCGCCGCGAGUCGCCUCGACGGCGUCCAGGACUCACCGUUGAUCUUCCGCACAGGCGGCGAUGCGCUGCUCGACGACGGGCAAGCGCCACGGCGACGCGCCGCGGAGCUAUCCGAGCGUGGCGCAGGCGCUCCAGCAAGCUAGGGGCGCGCCCGUCGUGUCGCGGCCGGCGCCCGUGCGUUUGGAUCCGGAGCGCAUCGCGACCAAACGAGCCGUGCCAGAUUCUAGUGGUGCGGCGGCGCCGCUGACCUUCCACAAGACGCCGGCGGAACGGGCGCGCGCCGAGCGUGCCUUGCGGAAGGCUCAUAAGCCCAAGAAGGCGCCGAAGAAGCCCGCGUACGCGCCGCCGCCGCCGCCCCCGCCUUCGCAGCCUCCAAAACAAAAGGAGCGCCGCCCGUGGGGCGCGCCGCCGCCGCCGGGCGAGCGCGACCGCCCCAAACUCGAGGCGCGCAUCGCGAAGCUCGAAAGGGAGAAGUCGGACGUGACCGCGACGCUCAAGCGCAUCGAGGCGCUCCUCGGCGGCGCCCCGGAGCCGCCCCGGCGGCGAGCCGCGGCGCGGCGGUCCCUGUCUCCCCAAAAACGGCGGGCCGCGUCGCCGCGGAAGAAGGCCGUCGACGCGGACCUGCCGCCGCCGCCGCCGCCGCCGACGCGGGGCCACCGCGGCUGCUACGACCGGGCCUUCCGCACGUCGAACUCGUUCUCGCUCGCGUGGCCCGAGGACUGAUCCGAUCUUGCUCCAUAAGUUUUCUGACUUUUC